AUGGGGACCGAAUCCAGCGGUAGUGGGAAGAUCAAAGUCGACGAGCACUAUCCAUCAGGUAUAGAAUCGUUUAUGAAAUGAUCUAAUAUCCUGAUUUUUAUAGAACUCGAUGAGCCACCCGUGUUUGACGUAAAAAGAAUUGAAAAUAUCAGAGCAAAUGUAAAGUUUGAUACACUUUAUCAAGUGACAAAACUUCUGGGAGAGUAAGUUACUCGUUUAUUCUUAUUUUUCCCUAAUUGAAUUAUGUUAUUUCAGUGGAAAAUUCGGUAAAGUGUACUGCGUGAUUGAGAAGGCAAGCGGCAAAGAGUUUGCGGCCAAGUUUAUCAAAAUCCGAAAGGUUGGAUUAUCGUGAUUUCAUUUAUACGCGUUUUUUUCUAGGAAGCCGAUCGUGCGGAGGUGGAGAGAGAAGUUUCGAUUCUCACGCAACUUCGCCAUCCGAGAAUCGCUCAGAUUUAUGACGCAUUUUACACCACCACCAACGAUGUGGUCUUGAUUAUGGAAAUGUAAGCGCGGGGUGGUUUUACACUUUCAUUGCAAAAAAUUGGGAUCGCGAAGACUCGAAUCGAUAAUAAUGUGGUUCAUUUUUUCAGUGUCCGUGGAGGUGAGCUGUUCGAUCGAGUUGCGGAAGAGUCGUAUGAACUCUCCGAGCUCGCUGUCGUCAUGAUCAUCUGCCAACUAUGCGAGGCGAUCGACUACAUCCAUAAGCAAAACAUUCUCCACCUGGAUGUAAAGGUGAGGGCUUUGAACCGUGAUCAAGAGAGAAAAUAGGUUCUCUCAUUUCACCGGAAAACAGCUGACAGCACACCCACAGGCGCCAGCGUGUUUUUGCCACAGACACGCGGAGUUUGGCGAUAAAAGAGACGGAUGGGUUUUCCGUGAACACGGGACUUGUGGGCGGAAGGAGAUGGGGGCACUGAGAAGGUUGAAAUUGCCAGUGCAAAAACCUGGGAAAAUGGAUGGAAGGGAACGAAUAUUGUCAAAGUAUGUACAUAUUUUCCAGCCUGAAAACAUAAUGUGCGUGUCGCUCACUGGCAAUCGGAUCAAAUUAAUUGAUUUCGGACUCGCAAGACAUUAUGACGGUACUCAGGUUCGUUGUCUAUUCUUUUGAACUUUUGGACAAUUUCAAUGUUUUUUUCCAAUUUCAGGAACUGAAAUAUAUGGCUGGAACUCCAGAAUUUGCGGCUCCGGAAGUCAUAAAGUUCGAGAGACUCGAUUAUCACACUGACAUGUGGAGCAUCGGUGUCAUCACCUACAUUCUGUAAGUUGACAAAAAGCCAAAAUUCACGUGCAUGUUGUUUGACCUCUAUGUAAAGAAAAUAAAAAUAUUCUAUGAAUAUCAUAGGAGUCCGUCGGAUGGCCGAACUCUGACUCUAGUUUGAUGUAUUCUGAUCAAUAAGUUCCGCAUUCCAGACUUUCCGGCUACUCACCCUUUCUGGGAGACAAUCUAGGAGAAACUUACUGCAACGUGGAAAAGGGCGUGUGGGAGUUUACCGAAGAGUUCGACACAGUCAGUGAGGAAGCGAAAGAUUUUGUCUCGAAUCUUCUCAUUUAUGAUCAAAGGUUUGUUGUCAACUGGCAAUAUGUAUAAUCUUGAAUUAAAUUCUUUCCCAACUGUUUGAGCAUUUGUACAAGUAUUCAUCUUCACUCUUUCUCAGCCCAAAUGGUCCCAGUCGCAGAGCACAUAAGGAAGCUGUCCAAAAGCUCAUUCUUUCUUUCCAGCAAGCGUAUGCUCCCACAUGAAUGUCUCGAACAUCCGUGGAUAGCAAAACACCGUCAGAAAGCAGCUUGUAACCGGAUUCUUGAGAAACCGCUCAACGCGCCAACCCUUGACAAUAAGCAGAUUAUGAGAUACAACGCAAGAAGGAAAUUCCGAGUGAGUCAUUGUUUCCAACUACACUAUUUCAUUGCAAUUAGUUAGUUGUUGACGCACUAAUCAGGAGGAUACCCAACUCCCAGAGGGUACUCUAGUUUUCCGUUCUGCGUCAGCAUGCAUUUCAUAUCAAACGAAGUUUCCUUUUUCGUCUAUUUUAGGCUUACUAUGUAGUGAGCACGUUGUGCUUUCUCCGUACUUUUUCCGUGUCAUUCUCAUACUUUUCUUUGCAGCGUAUGAUAAUUUAUGUGAAGUUCCUGAUUGAAAUGAACCGACUGCGCAACUCUCUCAAAACUCGAAUGAGUGCCAACGGACACAAGUUCUUCGAUCCGCUGCUCAAGAUGGCCGAAAAGAAGGAACAAAAGGUAGGAAUCCCUUCUUUUUCUCUUUUUGUUAACCCAUAUAUGUGUCAUUCCAGAUUACCGACGCGUGUGUCCCACCACUGCCGGUUACUGGCCUCAGUCCUCUAGUCCAGAAGGUAAGAUUAUUGAGUUUCCAGAAUUUUGAAAUAAACUAUACGUUUGAUUUGAGGCUGUGGACAGUAAAAAGAAAAACGGAGAUGCGAUGACUCAGGAGCCAACUAUUUCCAUCGAGCCUGAAGAAAAGAAGAAGAAAAAGAAGAUUGUCAUCGGUGACGGCACAACAAAGACGGUAUGAAUGGAGAAGAAUUCAUCAUGGAAUCUCAAUAUUUCAUUACAGGAAAAGACCGGCAGUGAAAAAGAGAAGAAAAAGAAGAAGAUGGAGGUGGAAGACAAUGGAGAGGCUAGCCUGAGGCCUCCGCCUGAAUUGAUGACGAAGAGAGCUUCAACUGGAGGGGAACAUCUGCUGGCCGCCAGCAAAGUAUUGAGAAACUUGCAUUCGGCGGAGAACGGCGACGUUUCCAAGAAAAACAGCCUUGCCUCGGUGAAAGAGGAAAAGGAACCUGUUGGCAAAACGAAAAAGGAAUCAGCAGGAUACAAGACUCUGGAAACUACGGCCAAUGGGGACAUCCGAAGAAAAAGUGCGCCGGCGGCAAGGGCGGAACAGUCUGCCGUUCCCACAAAGCUAUCUGAAGGAAUCAAAACAUCGAAACUUUUGGAGACCGCCCCGAAUGGUGACAUAAGAAGAAAAAGUAAUGCUUCCACUAAAGAAGAUAAAACGGAGCACGCGGACGAAUCUCGCAAGAAGAGCACGGUUUCACUGAAAGAAGUCAAGAUUGUCGAGUUGCCAGUUGCGUCCAAAACUGCUGAGACAGAAGAGAAGAGUAAAGUAAUAAAGAAGAAAAAGAAGAUAACAACAGUCACUGCGGAGUUGGAGAAGCCAAAAGCAAUUGAAGUGAAAGUGGAGGAAGUAGCGAACGGAGAUGUUCAGGAGCCAAAGCCAUUGAAGAAAAGAAUUGUGAGCUUGAAACACUCUACUGAGCAACAUCCGACUGCUGAAACAACGCAGAAGACAACGGUAGCUGAAGAGAAGAAAACAAAAGAGGUCAAGGAGACGAGAGAUGUGAUGAAAGAUAUCAGAGCAUCGUUGACAAAAAGCAAAACGAUCGCGUCGGAAGUUCCACCUGAAGCACAAGCGGAAACGAAAAAACCAAUCAGACAGGUAUGCAAUAUCUCGUAACCGAAUGAUGAAAUAUAUUGUUCAGGGUGCACUUCGGAAACGUGACAAAUCAGUGGAUGAUGUGCUCAAUGCUGCUCCGACUCCAACGACACUCUCAAAAACCACCGAAACGUGCGUGAAGCACUCUAUUGUGGAAACAGCUCAUUCAAACGGGGAUGUUGUCAAAUCUGAGAAGAUUAUGACUAAGAAAAAGGUAUUAUUUAUCCAUUGUUUAUCUCUUGUUGGAUAAUCAUUGCAAUUUUCAGAGUUUGAAGAAAGAUUCGAGCACAGAAGAUCAUCAUUUGCCUGUUCAGGUCCUCGACGACAGUUCUAAAACUACCGUGAGUCCUCUAAAAAACUUUCUUAUUUUUACUUGUUUCUUGUAGAAAUUGAAAGCCAGUGAGGUUAACUUCGAAUCGAAGCCGGUGAAGAAAACAUCAAAGAUUGUGAAACUGAUUCCCGAUGAGAGUAUUGCAGUGAAAGGUAUGUUAUGGCUCUCAGAAGACAUAAAUAAAUACAAUUGUUUGCAGAUGAGAAAAAGCCAACACAGAUCAUGAUGACAGCAGAGAAACAGGAGACAACCACUGUUCAAACUAAAACGAGCGUCACACGGACUACGAAGAGUUCGGAGAAGAAAGUGGAGCACACGGCCGACGGGAAGAGUGUGGAGUCUUCUCAAAAGAGGAACUCUCAGAAGGAUGACUUGAAAAUCAGCCAAGUUCGUUAAAGUAAAUAGUUUCAGGAAGCAGAAAGUGUUCAUUACAGGUGACUACCAAAAAGGAAGAGGAUGCAAACAUGCCUGCACCGAAAUUAACCGUCAAAAAGAGCGUCCUGAAGCAGAGUGCUGAGAAAUCAACAUCCGAGAAAGAACACAAAACCACUGAGCACAAGGACCAAGAGAAAGUUGUGAAGAAGAGCAGCACGGUGAAAGACAAGGAUGUUGCACAAUUGUCACUGGAGCACACACUGAAGGUGAGUCACCCGAUCGCCAUCAAAACAUCUUCAUUGUUUUUAGGUGAAUGGUGAGAAGCCUGAGAAAGCGAAGAUCACGGGAACCAAAACAAAUGUGCAGAAGGUAGAAGUGAAGGGAGAAGAAGUGAUCGGUCCGAAGAAGUCGUCGCUGAAAAAGACAAGUGCGAAGCUUACAGGAGAGGUAACUACAGACGUCAGCAGACUGUUCCCAUACAUAUAUCAUCUUUUUAGACUAUCAAACAUCUCGAACUUGUCAAAGAUGGAAAAAUUGGUAGCCUGAAAACAAAAGACACUUCAACGGUAACUCAUGGAUCUAAUCUUUCUUUUUUCAUUCCUUAUUCAGGUGAAACUGUCACCGGACUCCGCAAGUGACACGUCCUCAGCUAAAAACGUGCGAAUCCAUUUGACAGAUGAGCAGUCAGUUAAGUCGAGUGUCAGAUCGCAUCCGUCCAGUGUUAGCACUAGAGAUAGUUCAGAGGAAAGGAAAAAGGUUAGAAAACCAUUAGUUCCUCCAUUUUUUACAAUUAAGAUUGUUUUUAGGUUCGUUUUGCCGGCGAUAUUGAGUCACCGUCAAAACUGAAGCCUCCUCCGCAGCCGUUGUUCGGUAACGGACUGCAGAAAAUGAGAUCCGAGAGUAGUUUGCACAAGAAGAUUGCCGAGAACGGAGCAAAGAAAAGCAGCCACGACGACGUGUCCCUUGUCCGAAAAGCUUCUCUGUUCACUGAUAUUGAGUAUCAGCCUCGGGAAGACUUUUCAUUUGAGGCUUUGAAGGAGAAGCUGACACGGCGGGUCAGCGACGGUUUCAGUGACGAGGAGAAGAAGCCAAAACAGAUGAUAUCCAUCCCACCGACCAACUCUGUCAAGGAUCGGCUGCGCCACUUCGAGAAGAAAUUUGCAAAAUAA